AUGGACUUCUAUUAUGGCGAUGCCACUGCUGUGUGUCUAAGCGGCCGGCAGCAGAGGUCGCUGCUGAGCAACAGUUCUUGCUCCUCUUGGGAGGGACUGCAGCAAGCCCUGCACCUUGAAUGCCAGGACUGGACAGCACCACCCAGGAAGACCUGCCUGCCCUGCCAGAGCCCAUGGGGCCUCAACGUCAGUCAUCUGAGGACAGCCUCUUCCAUAUCAGCUCUCUCUGUGGUAUUUUGGGGUGUUCUUCUGUGGUCUGACUCCCUUUCUUUGCCAGCAUGGGCAAGAGAGACCUUCACCCUUGGGGUGCUGGGUCCCUGGGACUGUGACCCCAUCUUUGCCCAGGCACUCCCCAGCAUGGCUACUCAGUUAGCUGUAGAUGGAGUCAACCAGGAUACCUCACUGCUGCUGGGCUCACAGCUGGAUUUCAAGGUCCUCCCCACAGGCUGUGAUACCCCUCAUGCCCUGGCCACAUUCGUGGCCCACAGGAACACAGUGGCUGCUUUUGUGGGCCCUGUCAAUCCUGGAUACUGCCCAGCAGCAGCCCUGCUGGCCCAAGGCUGGGGCAAGUCCCUCUUCUCCUGGGCCUGUGAGGCUCCAGAGGGAGGAGGUGAGUUGGUGCCCACGUUGCCUUCUGCUGCCCAUGUGCUACUGUCUGUCAUGAGGCACUUUGGCUGGGCUCGAGUGGCCAUCGUGUCCUCUCACCAGGACAUCUGGGUAGCCACAGCUCAGCAGCUGGCCACAGCUUUCAGGGCCCAUGGGCUGUCCAUUGGACUGGUGACCUCUUUGGGACCCGGAGAAAAGGAGGCCAUGGAGGUUUGCAAGCAGAUCCACAGUGUGCAUGAUCUGAAAAUUGUGGUGCUAUGCAUGCACUCGGCGCUACUGGGGGGCCUGGAGCAGAGCACUCUGCUGCACUGCGCUUGGAAGGAGGGCCUGACAGAUGGGAGACUGGUCUUCCUGCCCUACGACACGCUGCUCUUUGCUCUGCCCUACCGCAACCGCUCCUACCCGGCCCUGGAUGACCAUGGACCCUUUCAGGAGGCCUACGAUGCAGUACUCACUGUCAGCCUGGACUCUGGUCCUGAGAACCACGCCUUCACUGCUACCAAGAUGAGCGGAGGGGCUACUUCCCACCUGGAGCCAGAGCAGGUGUCCCCACUCUUUGGAACUAUCUACGAUGCUGUCGUCCUGCUGGCCCAUGCCCUGAACCGCUCUGAGAACCAUGGAGCAGGGCUCUCGGGAGCUCGCUUAGGGGACCACACAAGAGCUCUUGAUGUGGCUGGCUUUAGCCAGAGGAUCCGGAUGGAUGGAGGCAGAAGGCUAGCCCAAUAUGUCAUCCUGGACACAGAUGGCGAGGGAAGCCAGUUGGCUCCCACACACAUUCUGGAUACAGGCACGUGGCAGGUGCAGCCCCUGGGAAAGGCUAUACACUUUCCUGGAGGGAACCCUCCAGCCCAUGACGCCAGCUGCUGGUUCAACCCCAACACACUCUGCAUAAGAGGUGUGCAGUCCCCGGGGGGCCUCCUGACUCUGACACUGGCCUGUGUCCUGGCACUGGUGGGUGGAAUCCUUGCUUAUCUCAUCAGGUUAGGCCUCCAGCAGCUGCAGCUGGUGCGGGGCCCCCACCGGAUCCUGCUGACAGCGCAGGAUCUCACCUUUCUCCAGCGGACCCCCAGCCGGCGGAGGCUGCAUGUGGACGGUGGAACUGAGUCAAGAAUCGUGGUGGAAGGUGGGAGCCCAGGGUCGGUGAUCCAGGGGUCAGCAAGGAGCCUACCAGCCCUCCUGGAGCAUACCAAUGUCGCCCUUUACCAGGGAGACUGGGUGUGGCUGAAGAAGUUUGAAGCAGGCGUGGCUCCUGAGCUGCGGCCAAGCAGCCUCAGCUUCCUGAGGAAGAUGCGGGAGAUGCGGCAUGAGAACGUUACUACCUUCCUGGGCCUUUUGGUAGGCCCUGAGUUCAGUGCGAUGGUGUUGGAGCACUGUUCCCGGGGCAGCCUGGAGGACCUGCUGCGGAAUGAGGCCCUGAGGCUAGACUGGACCUUCAAGGCCUCCCUGCUGUCUGAUCUGAUAAGAGGUAUGCGGUAUCUGCACCAUCGGCAUUUCCCCCACGGGCGCCUCAAGUCCAGGAACUGUGUGGUGGACAGUCGUUUUGUGCUCAAGAUCACUGACCAUGGUUAUAAAGAGUUCCUGGAAUCUCACUGUUCUUCCAGGCCGCAGCUAGCCCCAGAAGAGCUUCUGUGGACGGCCCCUGAGCUGCUGCGGGGCUCUGGGAAGGCCAGCUUCAAAGGUGAUGUCUUCAGCCUGGGCAUCAUCCUGCAGGAGGUACUCACCCGAGGCCCACCCUACUGUUCCUGGGGACUCUCAGCAGAAGAGAUCGUCCGGAAGGUGGCAUCCCCCCCUCCUCUGUGCCGGCCACUGGUGUCCCCUGACCAGGGCCCCCGGGAGUGCAUCCAGCUGAUGCAGCAGUGCUGGGAGGAAGCUCCGGAUGACCGGCCAAGCUUGGACCAGAUCCACAUGCAGUUCAAAAGCAUCAACCAAGGCAAGAAGACGAGUGUUGCUGACUCCAUGCUGAGGAUGCUGGAGAAGUAUUCCCAGAACCUGGAGCGCCUGGUCCAGGAGCGGACUGAGGAGCUGGAACUGGAGAGGCGGAAGACAGAAAGGCUGCUCUCACAAAUGCUCCCUCCGUCUGUUGCCAAUGCUCUAAAGAUGGGGACAACUGUGGAGCCAGAGUACUUUGACCAGGUCACCAUCUAUUUCAGUGACAUCGUGGGCUUCACCACCAUCUCAGCCUUGAGCGAGCCCAUUGAGGUGGUGGGUUUCCUCAAUGACCUCUACACGCUGUUUGAUGCUGUUCUGGACAGCCAUGAUGUGUAUAAGGUAGAGACCAUCGGAGAUGCCUACAUGGUGGCAUCUGGGCUCCCUCGGCGCAAUGGGAGUCGGCAUGCGGCUGAGAUCGCCAACAUGGCCCUGGACAUACUUAGCUAUGCGGGCAACUUCCGCAUGAGGCAUGCACCCGAUGUGCCCAUCCGCGUCAGGGCCGGUUUGCACUCAGGGCCCUGCGUGGCAGGUGUUGUGGGUCUCACCAUGCCUAGGUACUGCCUCUUUGGGGACACUGUCAACACUGCCUCCCGGAUGGAAUCCACGGGGCUGCCAUACAGAAUCCACGUCAGCCGAAGCACCGUCCAGACCCUGCUCAGCCUCGAUGAAGGCUACAUGAUCGAUGUCAGAGGCCAGACUGAACUGAAGGGGAAGGGCUUGGAGGAGACCUACUGGCUGACAGGGAAGGUGGGAUUCUGUCGGCCCCUCCCUACACCUCUGUCAAUCAGACCUGGAGACCCAUGGCAGGACCGCAUAAACCAAGAAAUCCGGACCGGCUUUGCCAAAGCGCGCCAGGGUCUGGCUGAGCCCGGGAGGUCAGGGGAGGCUGAGCCAGGUCCCUGAUAGGAAGUUAGUGGGUGGACCCAAGGCAGCCAAGA